AUGUCCCCAGGUAAACUGCUUCCCGAGCCAAGUUUCAAGAUCGCCCCUAUCCCAAAAGCCCCAGGGGCCAAGUAUAAUUAUGGCGCGGUGGUAGAGGGGCUUGAUUUGAAUGACAUAAGUGAUGAGGAUGUCAAACAUCUCAGCGAUGCGAUCUGGACACACAAAGUUCUCGUGGUCAGAGGCCAAAAGAAUCUUGCCCCUAUCAAGCAAUGGGAACUUGUGACCAGAUUCGAUCCGGAGGCACCACAAGUGCAUUCUCAUGGCGAUAUGAAAACAUUCACUGCAAAGGGUGGUGUUUUGUCCGCCGGUCGUGAAGUUUAUGGAAUUCCAGGAGCUGAGAAUGUUCGGCUCAUCGGCAAAGGAUUCCAAGGUGAAGACCACUACGGUCUAAAAAACGUAGAAAUCAAACGCGGAUUGGGACAUCACUUCCACGCAGUAGACAUACCGGUGGACGAAUUCAACGCCGGCCACACACGUUUCCACCGCUGGCACAUUGAUGCUCCCCUAUAUGCCCGCGACCCGGCGUGGUUUACCACGCUUCGCUGCAUCAAACGGCCAAAGUCACCCAAAAUUACGAUUCAUUGGGAUGACGGAACCGGUCAGACUCUCGAGACGGAACCAGGGCUAACGGCGUUCUUCAGCAAUGUUCAGACGUAUGAGCUGAUGACUGAGGAGGAGAAGAAGAUGGCAGACCACUCGUGGGUAGAGUACGCACCGUACCCCUAUCAGUGGAUCGGAGACUGCAAAGGCAACUCCAACGGCCUUGGGCUUGCGAGUCAAGGAAAAGAGAAAAAGAUCGAAGACCUAGGAGAGUGGGACCCCAAGGACGUGAAAAGAUACCCUAUGGUUUGGGUAAAUCCCGUCACGGGCGAGAAAGCCUUCAUGGUGCACGGUAUCUGCGCUUACAAGCUCUUCAUCCGCUCUUCUCCUGACGAGGAGCCCACGGUGAUUGACGACGUCCUGAAGAUCCGGGCUUUCCUGAAGCCGAUUCAAGAGAGAGUGCUCAAGCCUGAAUACAUCUUGCUCCCCAAGGUAGAGGAAGGCGAUAUCGUCAUGUGGGCAAACUACCAAAUGUUCCACUCAGCCGUCGACUAUCCUAUUUCACUCGGAUCACGGACGAUGCACCAAGCGAACAUUGGAGCCAGCAAGGGCCCCGUCGGACCAGUCCCGAUCCCGGUGUCUGCUUAGAGCGGCGGAUCCGUUCUGAUCCUUGUAACUG